AUGUCUCGGGUCGAUGGGAUAGAGUUACCUGUCUCCGGGGAAAGGGCCGAUUUCUUCUGGCAGAGCUUUGUCGAGCUCGGACUGAAGCGAGAAGUCAUUAUGAGAGAGCUGGCCUCUUACGCAUACGCCCUAUGGGAUAGAACGGGAGCACGCUGGGAUGGGUUUUAUGAAAGUGUUGUGGCUGGCUUCAUUGAACGCGGGAUGACGCAAAGGGCUAUCGAAUGGCAUAAGAAGCUCCAGCAUCCUCAUCUGGCGCAUCCAAACGAUGUUGUCCGGAUUCUCAACGCAGCGCUGAUGCUGCACCACCAAAGUGGACGAAGUCCUGCAUCUCCGGUCAGGCAUAUCGUUUCCCCUGGGCUCUCGGCCUUUCAGAACAUUUGCCGUGCUACCCCUGGCCACCGAAUCUACGGACCUGUCAUAUCAACGCUGCUAAAGAGUGACUGCAUCGAGGAGGUUUUCCCAAUGCACACAUUCAUGAUAGAACAAGGCGACCAUCCGUCCUCUUUCGAGCAAAUUCGUGCGUUGCUGGAAUACGCUGAGUCGUACGGUCCAUCGAAUUUUGUUCGCAAGCUACGCAGAUAUGUCGCCUACCGAUUUCCAGAUGAAACAAACGGAACUAAGCAUUCCAGGGACGGAGAACGGUCGUCCCUGCCAUCAAAGCAAACAGAGUCAUGGCCCCGAGAGAAACCAUUCAAAGAUGAAUUUGGUGCCCGGAUCUUCGCGACAAAGGCUCUCAAUUUCGACAUGAUCUUGUCUGGGUUGCGGAUGUUUAAUGUGCCAGCUAUUGGCCCUCAUUCGCUACGUGAAAUGGCCAUCAGAGCUCAUGGAGGCCAUGACAUUCUGGACAAGCUUCAACGACUGGAAAAGGCAGGCAUUUCCAUCGGAGAUAGUGUUUUCUCGCGCCUGCUUCGCAAGUUGGCUGCGGAGAAUCGCAGCAUUCUUCUGUCAGAUUUGGUCCAUAGCGAUCAGCACCCUGACAUGCUGGAAGAUGCACAAGCUCAAGAAUCGCUGUUGGUAUCGUACUAUAUCGCACGUGAUUGGCGCCUGUACAACAUGACAUCCGCCAUUCUCAGCGAACUCUGUGAUGAUGAGGUCGAUCUGUUGAACAUUCAUUUCCGGAAGUAUGUGGCUGCCGGCGACUUUGCCUUGGCAUCCAAAACGGUUGAUGACAUGGUUUUGCGGGGGAUGGCCUUGACGGGCCAAAGCAUUGACUACAUGGUCAGCCAGGUGCUUGCCCCACGCAGGUUGGGUGUUGGUCCGGUCCAGGGAUCGACCAUGUCUCCGGUACAAGAGGUCAACUUUGUUCUUCGCAUUCUCCAACGUGUGCUCCCAGCGGGUACAUCCGUGUCGCCAGAUCUCUGGGUAGAGAUAUUGAAACGUCUGGGGAUGACGGGGAGUUGGAAUGAGCUGCAGCGUUGCUGUGAGUGGCUUGCGCGGCAUUAUUCCUUCCAAACCAACCGUGCAAAAGUAUUUGACGCCUCGAAGUAUGCCAGUUGUGAAACAGCCACCGUCCUCCGACAGCGCAAUCGUCGCGUUCUGGAGACUAUUUUCAGCCGACGGAUGCAGGCCGCCAUUGUUGCCUGGGGGUUCAGGAAGCGGGUUUCUUCUAAGCCUCGGGAUGACCUGAUUCCCUGGGUCCGGGGGUUAACACUUCUUCGCACACUGGAGAAGAUCGGAGUUCAUCUCUGGGAGGACUCGAUUCGCCGGGCCUGUCGACAUCGCCUGGCCGUACUCUACGGUAGCCCGCGACAAUCUAGCCGACUGAUGAACCGGCUCUUGCGACGAGAGAAUCCGUAUAGCCUUGGACGUGUGAUCAACGAUAUCAAUAGUGCCUGGGGAGAAUCUCUAUUUACUGACCCAGAGCAUGGAGAUGUGCAUGAGUUGGUGAAUCCCCCCAGCUCCGGCAUGUCGCAGCGGCGAACCCAGCGAACGAUCUUUCGGGAGGCGCAUUUCCGACGGGGGGCGUUUGUGCGGACGAGAUGA